AUGUCACACCGACCCAGCGCCGACAACGGCCCAUUGCUCCCGCAACACAACCGCGAUGACGACGAUGGCGAUAAGGAUGUGAUAUUCGACGAAGCGGCGCCUUUGAACGGGAGUCCUGGCGGCACGCACAACCGGACCCGCAGGCAGAAAUGGCAGUCUCCUCGAUCCAAGAAUAUAAUGGUAAUCUCAGGCUGUCUGUUUAUAAUCCCGAUAUUGUGUCUGCUAAGUCCGCUCUUGGCGCUCGACACACUCGUACCACAUCCCCCGCAAGAAGCACACGCACCCAAACACCACUUCUCCCUGACUGAUGCCAAGUCUGACGCCGGCUCACAUACGCAGGACCACCGCCCGUGGCCCACGGACGACGGUUUCCCAUCUGAGCCAUUCAGGACCGAUCUCGGUGACGUUGGCGGUACUCAGACUGGCGCAGAAGCUUUCAUCGUACAGACUGCAGCUGCUUAUCCACUCGAAUCUGCCCUUAAUCCCGCUAUCGUUAAGCCUACUGCUAAGGAUGCUCGCGGACCUGAUGAUUUUGACGUUUUGAGACACCUAGGCCCCCUCACGCCUUACACCUCUUCGCCUAAUUACCUCCCAACCACUCCACUCGCGCCUGACACCUGUCAGGUCGAGGAGGUGCAUAUGCUACACAGACACGGAUCGAGGUACCCCACGCCGAACUCAAUGCCGCUUAGAUUUUCCGAUAAAUUGUCCGCGGCUGUGAAAGAAGCGUAUGAUUCAGACUAUAACAUUGGCUUCCACGGCGAGCUAGCAUUUCUCAACGAGUGGAAGUAUGCACUUGGAGAAGCCAUUCUCACUCCAGUGGGUAGAUGGCAGCUCUACAAUUCCGGUGCUGGUUUCCGACUAAAAUACGGCCAUCUCCUCACCAAACUUACAGAACACAAGCCAGUAUUCCGUACAACGACGCAAGACCGCAUGUAUAAAUCAGCCAUCAACUGGCUCGCAGGUUUCUUCGGCGUCGAGAGCUGGCAGGAAGAGUCGCACCUAAGCAUCAUGCAUGAAGCAAGUGGAUACAAUAACACCCUCGCCCCGUGGGAGAUUUGCCCGCGCGAGGAUUCAUACCAAAGCAAAGCGCAUGUCGGCAAAUGGAGGAAUAAGUACCUCCGCAAUGCGCUAAAACGCCUCAACAAAUUAGCUUUUGGGUAUGAGUUUGAAAUUGGCGAUGUUUUUGCAAUGCAGGAAUUGUGUGCUUACGAGACAGUAUCACUCGGAUACAGUGAAUUUUGCCACCUAUUCACUAAGCAGGAAUGGGAGGGCUAUGACUACUCAUGGGAUCUGCAAUUCUACUAUGACGCCGGCUUCGGUAGCCCCACAGCGCGCGCACAGGGGCUGGGAUGGGUUGAAGAGACUCUCGCGCGCAUCACCAAGCAGACGCCUGCGCCAUAUGACUCGACUACCAACUCCACACUCAAUGAGGACCCCGUCACAUUCCCCCUCGAUAUGCCAAUGUACACGGAUUUCACACACGAUACCGUCAUAGCAAAUGUCGUUGCCGCGCUCAACCUCACCCAAUUCGCAGCUCCUCUGCCAUCUAAUCGCAUUCCGCGCCCUUCGCGUCAUAGCAGUCGUUGGCGUACUUCACAUAUUUCGCCUUUCGCGGGUAAUCUCGUCGUGCAGGUCCUGAGUUGUGACGGGGGCGAGGGUAUUAGUGAUGUGAGUGAAAAAGAGGACGCUUGGGAAAUCACAAAAACACAUAAGGUGCCACGUGCAGGCAGAUACAUCCGUCUUGCGCUCAACGACGCCGUACACGACUUGUCGGGUUUGGGCUGUCCAUUCGAUGACGAGGGCUUGUGUCCGUUGGACACUUUCACAGAUGCACUCAACAGGGUGAGAGAAGAGGUGGAUUUCGAGGGAGAUUGCCACGGAAAGUGGGAUAUGGGGGCAAACGAUCAUGUCUCCAGCGGUCGCCCGCCUGUGCAAUAG